GAAGGCAGGAAGAGACGUUAGAGGAGGCGGGAGUUAGCAAAGUCAUCAUGGCGGGAUGCAUGAAAAUUAUAAAUGGCUACAUCUCAGCAAGUUCGAAGUUAAUGGUUUUUACAGUGCUUUUUAUGUGUCUACAUCAAACGUCACACCAAUAUACAGGUGGCACCCGUCCUAUAGUUGAUCUUCAAGAUGGCGAGCAGUACCUUAUGUUGGGGCCCAACCGGUUCUGCUAUAAAAACACAGUUAUUCCAACCUGGAGGCAAACAUGGACAAGAAUUUAUGUGAAAGUGUGGAGUUCAAAGGUCUUUAAGGUGCAAACUGUGGAAGGUGAAGAAGAGCUGCAGGAGCUGGAGCGCUUCAAUGCCUGGAGCUGGUUUCUAUUUUUUCUACGUGAACAGCACAAUGAAACUGUCAUUAACAUCAACCUGUUCUGCAAAAAUACAUGCUUCAAGGUGGAUCCGACAGCAGGAGCUCAGUACACCAUCAAACCAAUUCGCAAGUUUGACAUCUAUCUGUUUUUGGUCUUCCUCUCUGGAGCGCUGCUGUUUGUUUUUGCAGAAUCCCUGAGCAGGAGUCAGAUCUUCUUCUACUCUGCUGGAAUGAGUACAGGCAUGAUCGCCUCUCUGAUCAUCCUCUUUUUCAUUCUGUCACGCUUUUUGCCAAAGAAAAGCCCCUUUUACAUGCUUAUUGUGGGCGGGUGGUCUUUCUCUCUGUAUGCCAUCCAGCUGGUCUGCAGGAACCUCGGGGUAAUUCUGCGAGAGCACUGGCAUGCUGCAUUAGGUUACGUAACAGUGGUGGGAUUCAUCAGUUUUGCUGUGUGCUACCGCUACGGCCCGCUGGUGGAUGAGAAGAGCAUCAACAUCCUGUCAUGGACGCUGCAACUGUUUGGACUGCUUCUAAUUUAUCUGGGAAUUCAGAUCCAGCAAGUUGCCUUUGCUAUCAUCCUGGCGUCUUUGCUCUCCAAAAAUCUGGAGUACCCAGUCAUUCUGGCAUUGACGGUGUGGAGGAAAGUCAGAGGUUACAUUUACUGGAAGCCCCAGCCGCGCCGCCUGCUCACUGAGGAGGAGUAUCAGAAAGAAGCAGAAGAAGAAACCCGCCACGCGCUGGAGGAGCUGCGUAAAUACUGCAACAGCCCAGACUUCAGUCCCUGGAAGGCCGUGUCCAGGCUUCAGUCCCCAAAAAGGUUUGCCGAUUUUAUCGAAGGAUCCCCGCACUUGAAGUCAAACGAGGUGUCCGUCCACGCGCAGGAAUACGGUUUUGGAGGAAGCUUUUUUGAGGACGAGUUCUUCGACACCGACGAUGAGGAGGACAGAGAAGAAGAACUGAAGCCUAUG